AACACAAAAGCCAGAUAGAGGUGUGUGAGGUGUUACAAUGCAGGCCACACGUGGAUUUUACAGGUUAACUUUAUUUUUAUAGUAGCCUAAAGGAAACGACGAACAAUAAAAGCAAUUAUUUCUAUAACUUAACUUUACAUUUAAGAUUCGUCGUAUAAAAAGACGUCCUCCAAUUGUUUAAACCAAUUAGAAGCAGAGCGAUAAACUUUAAGCCAAUCAGCACACAGCACACCUUUCCUCGUUUACAGCCACCACUCGGAGCCGUGUUGGUUCCAAUACUAAAGGGCAAAUCCACACAGAUUGUCAUGUGCUGGCUCUGUAGAUAAUAUCCAGACGAUUAAAAGUGUGACCUGCACCAAAACUAGAAAGUCCGGUCAAGCAAGUCCCACAAAGCGCCCGCGAGUCCUGCAGCAGCAGCAGCAGCAGCAGCAACAUGGACGUGGACAGUAAACGACUUGUGGUAGUAGUACCAAAUGAAGCAUCUCCACGACAACUGUUGAGUGGUAGUGAUGAUGAGGCCUGGAAGAGCUACCUGGAAAACCCACUGACAGCUGCCACCAAAGCCAUGAUGAGCAUUAAUGGGGAUGACGAGGGUGCUGCAGCUUUGGGCAUACUCUACGACUAUUACAAGAUUUCUAGAGACAAAAAGACUGCUUACCCCAAACCACCGGUUCUUGAUAAUUACGACACUCUAGACCAAGCUCUGAACUCCAUGCCUGUGAACCUGUCAUUACAUGAUACAGUGACCAUAGACCAUUCAAAAAAACACUACGGACCUCUGACUGCACCAACACAUACACACAGUGGGAAAGACCGAGGUGGAACAGUUUUGGUCAAAGCACAAGCUCAGACUGUCCUUGCAAAUGCCUACAUAGAAGAACUAAGGGACCCAAUAAGAAUGCCGUAUGAACAAAAUAGAUAUGACAACUUGUUUUCUGGGUACCUGAAAGAAGAACAGAGAAGCACUCCCGACAGUGCUUACGAGGAUGAGGUGUAUCAGAACUCUUCUGGGGGAGCCAACCAGUUGCACUACAAUGUCUCACAUGAUAGCUUCCUGUAUUGCCUUGAGGCCAGUAUGUCUUUGCGACCACGACAUGAAGAAGGUCCAAUGGCAUAUCUGAACCGUGGGCAGUUCUACCCUUUGACCCUGUCUCACACUCAGGGGGUAAAACUCCAGACCAGAGGAGCAUCUCCGUCUAGGAAUAACCAGGGAGGAGGGGCAGAAGUACAACAGGACAGUGUGGUACAGAGUGUCAUCAUGGUUGUUUUUGGGGAGGACAAGUGCAGAGAUGAGCAGCUAAAGAACUGGAAAUAUUGGCAUUCACGACAACACACAGCCAAACAGCGUGUUCUAGAUAUAGCUGACUAUAAAGAAAGCUUCAGUACAAUUUCCAAUGUUGAGGAAAUCGCCUACAACGCAGUCUCCUUCACGUGGGACGUCACAGAAGAAGCCAAGGUGUUUAUUUCAGUCAACUGCCUGAGCACAGACUUCUCAUCACAAAAAGGCGUUAAAGGGACUCCAUUGAAAAUCCAGAUCGACACAUACAGCUACAAUGGAUCCAACCGGAAACCCAUCCACCGGGCAUUCACGGAGAUCAAGGUCUUCUGUGAUAAGGGUGCAGAGAGAAAGCUUCGCGAUGAAGAGAAAAAGCAGCUCCGAAAAAGGACAAAGGGUAAAAGUGGCAGUUGUAUGUCUCAGGCUCCAGUGAAGAGAUCUGACACGACUGUAUUGAAACCUGAGCAGGAUCUGGACUCCCAGCCGGUCCUGUUCAUCCCGGACGCCCACUUUGGUAACCUGCAGCGGUCGGGACAGGUUUUCGCUUUUAACACAGAAGAAGUUGAAAGUGACGGGAGUGUGAAGAUGAGGAGAAUCUCGUGUGUUUCAGAGGAGGACCUUUGCCCGCCACAGAUGAAGAGGCCCAAACUUGAACCAGAAAAAAGAGUCCUUUUGUAUGUGAGGAAAGAGAGUGAUGAAGUUUUUGAUGCUUUGAUGUUGCGGACACCAACUCUUAAAGCACUCAUGGAAGCAAUAUCAGAGAAAUAUGCCGUGCCCAUUGACAAAAUGGCAAAGGUAUACCAGAAAAGCAAAAAAGGGGUCCUGGUGAACAUGGAUGACAACAUUAUCCAACACUACUCCAAUGAAGACACCUUCAUUUUGGCCAUAGAGGCGUCUGCAGAUUCACUACGAGUCACUCUCUCUGAGAUAUGACUCUGAUGUCCUGUUAGCUCUGCCAGAACCACUGCCUCUCAAGUCUCAAGGCCAAUGGUCACACAAUCCUUCAUAUGGGACUCAAAGGGUUUAUUUAUUGCAUGAAAUCACAAGAAGUGAGUUUUGAAGGUGGCUUCAAACUCCUUGCUUUUGUGAUUAUUUUUUAAUUGCAUUCAAAGUGUGUUCAGAAAGGAUUUUAUAGGAAAAAUGCCCCUGUUAUGACAAUUGACCACACAUUUUAUGACCCCUUGUGGCUGGAUUUGGAAAUAAUGUAAAGCCCGAACCCCCAAAAUCUCAGUCUCAUUCAUUUUCUUCACACACAUCAGAGAAUGUCUUGUACCAUAUUGUAUAUUUUGCAUUAAAAGUAGGCCCAGGUUUUCUUGGUAGUGCCCUUUAUUCAGUGAGAUGUUGGCCUAUUGUGCCACUGUGAAGUAGCAUUUGUGACUGUAUGAGAUGUCUUUAAGAGUCCUGGAUGUGGCUAAACUGCGUGGCUUCAUCACUUUGUUGAUUGCGGUCUUCUUCUGAGUGACAAAAAUCAGUCAUGGCAUGAUUGUAAGGACUCAUAACUGGUCCAGCAAUAUUCAGUGUUGUUUCCACUGAUUUUUAUGCUCCAUUUCAAGUCUGCUGUAAUGUACAGUUUUUAAAUUGGUAAAUAAAUAUACUUUUGUAUAAUGUCA